UUUCUGUUUGUAGCUGGCUCAAGGGGGUUAGCUAGCUUGCAACUAUACUGUCUUCACAAUGACAGAUGAGCUACAGUCAAUAAAAUGACCAGACUCAGAGCAGAUACAUUGAUGCUCUCUACUCACACACCCCACAUAAUACUAGUUUAGCAAAGAGUUACUAGCACACCUGAAGUGUUGCUUGAUUUAGCUAGCUAUAUUUACUUUUUAAUCUAUAGGCAGCUGGUCUGGAGGGCGGAGUGUUUGGAAAGUGCUGCUCCGAUUGGGGCGCUCGACAGGGGGAAGAGAGAUGGCGUGCUUGUUGGAGGCCCCUCUCCGCAUCAGCGUGCUAUCUGAGGUCACAGCAACUAGUCGCCACUAUGUUGACCGGCUCUUUGACCCCGAUCCACAGAAAGUGCUGCAGGGAGUCAUUGACAUGAAGAAUGCCGUCAUUGGAAACAACAAGCAGAAGGCCAACCUGAUUGUCCUGGGAGCUGUGCCCAGGUUACUGUACCUGCUCCAGCAGGGCUCGUCCAGCUCCGAGCUGCGGACCGAAUGUGCGGUGGUGCUGGGCAGCCUGGCCAUGGGCACAGAGAACAACAUCAAGUCCCUAGUGGACUGCCACAUCAUCCCCGCCCUGCUGCAAGGUCUUUUGUGUCCAGACCUCGUCUUCAUCGAGGCGUGUCUACGCUGUCUGAGGACGGUGUUCAUUAGUCCCGUCACCCCUGUGCAGCUCCUUUACACAGAUCCGACCGUUAUCCCACACCUCAUGUCUUUGUUGAGUCACUCACAGAAGACCCAGGAGUACAUCACCCAGAUCUUCUCUCACUGCUGCAAGACACCCGAACACCAGACGGUUCUUUUUAACCACGGCGCCAUCCAGAACAUUGCACCUCUGGUUACCUCUCCCUCCUAUAAGGUACGGAUGCAGGCGUUAAAGUGUUUCUCAGUCCUAGCCUACGAGAACACUCAGGUCUCCAUGACACUGGUGAAUGUGCUGGUGGAUGGGGAGCUGCUCUCUCAGGUAUUUGUCCGAAUGAUGCAAAGGGAUCAGCCUAUCGAAAUGCAGCUCACCGCAGCCAAAUGUCUAACCUACAUGUGUCGAGCCGGAGCCAUCAGGACGGACGACAGCUGCAUUGUUCUAAAGACCCUGCCAUGCCUGGUGCGGAUGUGCAGUAAGGAGCGCCUGCUGGAGGAGCGCGUGGAGGGGGCGGAGACCCUCGCCUACCUGAUGGAGCCUGACGUGGAGCUGCAGCGCAUCGCCAGCGUCACCGACCACCUGGUGGCCAUGCUGGCCGACUACUUCAAGUACCCCAGCUCCGUGAGCGCCAUCACGGACAUCAAGAGGUUGGACCACGACCUGAAGCACGCUCAUGAGCUGAGACAAGCGGCCUUCAAGCUGUACGCGUCGCUGGGCUCCAACGACGAGGACAUCCGCAAGAAGAUCACCGAGACAGAGAACAUGAUGGACAGGAUAGUAAGCGGCUUGUCAGAAUCCAGCAUAAAGGUUCGCCUUGCAGCAGUCAGGUGUCUCCACAGCCUGUCACGGUCAGUACAACAACUGAGGACUAGUUUCCAUGACCAUGCCGUGUGGAAGCCCCUUAUGAAGUUGUUGCAGAAUGCCCCAGAUGAGGUGCUGGUCAUGGCCUCGUCCACACUAUGCAACCUGCUGUUGGAGUUCUCCCCCAGCAAAGAGCCUAUCCUGGAGUCUGGGGUGAUAGAGCUGUUGUGCAGUCUGACCCAGAGUGACAGUCCAGCCUUGAGGGUCAAUGGGAUCUGGGCCCUGAUGAACAUGGCGUUCCAGGCCGACCAGAAGGUGAAGGUGGAGAUCGUGAGGGUGCUAGGCACUGAGCAGCUGUUCCGUCUCCUCUCUGACCCCGACGCCAACGUCCUGAUGAAGACCCUGGGUCUGCUCCGCAACCUGCUGUCCACGCGCCCGCACAUAGACCAGAUCAUGAGCUCUCAUGGGAAGCAGAUCAUGCAGGCGGUCACCCUCAUCCUGGAGGGCGAGCACAGCAUAGAGGUCAAAGAGCAGACACUCUGCAUCCUGGCCAACAUCGCCGACGGCAACACGGCCAAGGAACUCAUCAUGACCAAUGACGACAUGCUCCAGAAAAUCAAAUAUUACAUGGGACACUCAAAUGUGAAGCUGCAGCUCGCUGCCACCUUUUGCAUCUCCAACCUGAUCUGGAACGAGGAGGACGGUGAGGGCCACACUCUGCCAGGUUCCCAGGAGCGUCAGGAUAAACUGAGGGACAUGGGCUUUGUGGACAUCCUGCACAAACUCACCCUAGCGCCAGACCCCAACCUCUGUGACAGAGCGAAGACAGCGAUGCAGCAGUAUCUGGCGUGACCACGCGGGAGUCCCCGACACCAAACUGACUAACAACAAGAGGGCGGACAGCUGCCAUCUUUGUUUUCUUUUGUGUUAAAAGUUGAAUCUUCAGUUUUGUUUUGUUGCACAAAGACACCUUUCACGCUGUGUCAGCCCUCUCUUACUCUCUCUUACAUCCCCCCCCCCCCCCCCCCCCCCCGACUGGAUACCCCCCUCCACUGCCCGACCGCCCGCCCAUUUCAAUCCCCAUUUUUGGAGAGGUUGAAUGGGAAUGGGUGCUGCAUAGCAACAAGGGGCGUCAGAGAUUGUGGCUUUUCCCAGUGUGGAGAGGACCUUUUCCUCUUGGACUUCAUUUGAAGAAACAAUGUCACUUGCAGCAGCGCCACCCAGUGGCCUGAAGGCCUUGGUGCUUUGGACUCCCUUCAGAGGAGACUGGAACUGUCUGAGAGCCAGACUUAAGGGUCUAACGUGAAGGCGCGGUUGGGGGAGUACAUCCUCCUUGUUUUAUUUUGCAAAGUAAUUAUUAAUGAAUUGAUAUUUACUAUUAUUGCUAUUUUAAGACGCACUUCCGUCACAAUAGGGAUAUGUUUGGAAAAAAUACAGCUUAUUUUGACAUUUUUUGUGUUUUCUUUUUUUGUGGAUACAUACCUCGUAAAUAUAUAUAAAUAUAACAUAUAAAUAUAUUUUUUUGAUUUUUAUUUUCCCCUUCUCUGAUGUCUUUCAGUGUGUAUUUGGCCCCUUAUUCCUAGAGCAUUAGGAUGUGAAGCCUUUCUUGUAUGAAAUGUGUAUGGUUGAAUCUCAAUAAUUUAUCCUUGAUUGCUGGAGUUUUGUUCUUAAAACACAUUGCAGGAGAGGUUAUAAG